UGGCAAGCAUGGCACCACCUGUGAGGUACUGCAUCCCGGGCGAACGUCUGUGUAACUUGGAGGAAGGCAGCCCCGGCAGCGGAACCUACACCCGGCACGGCUACAUCUUUUCGUCACUGGCUGGCUGCCUGACGAAGACCAGCGAGAAUGGCGCGCUUCCCGUGGUGUCAGUAAUGAGAGAAACAGAGUCCCAGUUACUUCCAGAUGUGGGAGCUGUUGUCACCUGUAAGGUCUCUAGCAUCAACUCACGGUUUGCCAAAGUACACAUCCUGUAUGUGGGAUCCACACCUCUUAAAAAUGCUUUUCGAGGAACUAUCCGCAAGGAAGAUAUCCGGGCAACUGAAAAAGACAAGGUAGAAAUUUAUAAGAGUUUCCGGCCAGGUGACAUAGUUUUGGCCAAAGUUAUCUCCCUAGGUGAUGCACAGUCCAAUUACCUGCUGACUACUGCUGAAAAUGAGUUAGGAGUUGUGGUGGCCCACAGUGAGUCAGGUGUCCAGAUGGUCCCUAUCAGUUGGUGUGAGAUGCAGUGCCCUAAGACCCACACUAAAGAAUUCCGAAAAGUAGCCAGAGUGCAGCCCGAGUUCUUACAAACCUAAGCUUACUUUACCCCAAAGAGGGAAUCACCUGCUUCUAAAAGUACAUGUGUGAAAAAAACAUAGAGAUGCCAUGGUCUUUAUUGAGGUACCUGGAGUCACCCAGCAACCAUCUCUUGAAACAAUGUGCUAGAAAUGUAUUCGUGUCAUAAUGAACACCUCCUGCAGCUGAGACAGGAAGAUUGUUAGUGCCCAAGUUUGAGGCCAGCCUGGGCUACAUAUUAAUACUCUAUCAACCAAAAGACAAAACCAAAAAUGUACACUAUUUGAAACACUAUUUUGGGGAAACAGAUUUUUAUUCUCUGGGCUCAUGAAUCUCAUUUAAAGGCACUCAACAAAACAAAAUCAUGUAAUACUGAAAAUACCUUAUGCCUUCUUUAUAAAUAUGUACAUAUGUAUUUUUGCUAUGACUGGAAAAAAAUCCUUUUCAUUUGUUA